AUGCUGAAAUUUAUAACCUCAAGUAAACGCAAGAAUGUCGACCAAGACAAAAAAAAAGAUCUAGUACAGAAAAAGUCUAAAGUCAACGAUGCCAGCGUAUCAGACUGUGCACUGUCAAAGAGCACAAACAGACAAACAGGUCAUCGAGAUGCCACAAAACUUGAGGUGACAGCCGCUGCUAGUCAAAACAUUGGGGAAAUCAUUCAACCUGAAGUCAACAGAGACGCCAUCACAUCGGCCUUCAUCGUUCUAGAUUUCCUGGCAAAACAACGUAUCCCGCUCACAACAAACUUCGAGCCAGUACUCGAUCUACUUUCACAGCUUGGUUUGUCAGUGAAGAAAAAUCUACGAGUCAGCAAAAAUGCGAUGUAUUGCAGCGACAAGUCAAUCAAGGAAAUGUUAGCAAUAUUAUUAUCCACAAUUGAAGAAAGCACCAUUGAACAUCUGAAGAAAUCAGAGUAUUUUGCCAUCAUGUUAGACAAAACGACGAACGUCAGCAUUAGUGAACAAUUAACUUUGAAAUGUCGAUUUUUGAAUGAAUCUGGGCAACUGUGUGUCAGAUUUCUUAAAAUGAUAGAGCCAUUUAAGUCAAGUGACAUCGCCCAGCCGCCAUCUACCGUCACUCUCAAUGCAUCAACGAUCGCCAGACACGUGGCCGAGUACAUUGAACGCAAACAACUUAGCGCUGACCAACUCGUUGGGAUUGGCACUGAUGGCGCAGCAGUAAUGACCGGGGAAAAUAACGGUGUUGUGAAGAAACUCCAGGAUCUUGCAACUACUGCUAUAGGCAUUCAUUGUUCCGGUCACUGCCUCCAACUUGCAUCAUGUCAAGUAGCUAACACAGUUCAAUUUGUCAAGAAAUUCAACACAAUUCUACGGCAGUUGUACGACUACUAUGACAACAGUGCAGUACAUAUGGCCGGUCUAUAUGCAGUUCCAACAACACCAGGAGAAAAAGUUCUGAAGCCCAUCCAACCGUCUUCAACUUGGUGGCUAAGUAUCAAGAUGUCGACAACUAGACUGAAAAAAGGUUAA